AUGCUGAAGUCAGCAAGCUAUGGGUCUUCCACGAUUUCCCCUGUCGCUUUUUUGAUCUCUGAUGUUGCCGAUCCUCACUUUUCCGCUUGCCAGCCCAACGGCUGGGAUCAUCGGGAUCCCGCCAGCCAGUUCCAUUUCAGUCCAGCCGUAUGUCCUAGCUACUGGACAUACUUUGAAAUGCGACGCACAUCCACUAAAUUUGGAAAUGAAAACCUUGCUUAUUACUCCACUGCGUACUGUUGUGCUAGCGACUAUCAACUAUGGGAUAGAUAUCAAUCUUCCCCUAUAACCAGCCUUACAGCGCCUUAUUACCGAUAUACAGAGGCCGGAUGGACCUCAACCACUGUAACAAUAUGGUCCACCGGAACCAAGACAACAAAGGUCUUUACAGAAGGAUAUAUGGCCCACGCAGUAUGGGAGAUAUCAUGGGCGGCCUCGGACACGGUGAGCAUGUCUCCAACACUACCGCCGCUUGAUUCGGGGGAGUACUUUUCGACCUGGGUGCUAGGACAGAGCCUCACGAUGCCUUCCCUAGAACCGACUAAGGAUCAGAAUGACCCGACACUUACGACCCUAGGAUAUUUUCUCAUGGUUGGCCUUCCACUUAUUGGCGUCGAGAUCAUUGCAUGCAGCGUUUGGUGUUGUUUCACGAUUCGACGAGCAAAUCGUCGGGAGGCGGCCCAGUUGAAGCAGUAG